GGUGUCGUUGUCCGAGAUGGGGGAAUCAAUCCUGAUGUCAGCCGCCCUCCGUUCACUCCGCACGGUUGUCCCCCUGCUGCUGCUGCUCACCUGCAGCCGCCCGCUGCUCGGGUCCUCUGUGGCCGCCCCCGGUGCUGCACUGCGCAGCCUGGGCGAGCUGAGCUACCCGUACAGCAGCAUAUACUCCCCGCUGCUCAAAGCCCUGUCAGAGCACGGAGGGCCCAGCUGGAGCCGGGGCCUCAAGAAGAAGACGAGGCCAGAGCACCGGUACAUGAAAUAUCUGACCGAGGUUUACAAGCCGUCCUCCAGGGUGCAGAGGAGUCUGGACGGGAGCACAAUCUACAACACGGUGCGGCUGAUCAAGCCCCAAGAUGAAUGCCUUGCGCGAAGUAAUAAAGAAAGUUGUAUGCAGGAUCUUUCCUACAGUCUAGAUCAAGUAAGAACAAAAGAACAGCUUCUCAAGUCAGCUCUGCUGUACAAUUUUGACCAUGACGGCCCUGUGCCCAUAAACUCUGUUUGCUACCUGAGUGUCAAGGAGCAGGAGCAGUCAAACAGUUGUCUGCUGUGUCCCGUGAUCCACCAUCCUGUGAACUUUACAACCGACGCUGACGGGAGGAGCAGGAAGGACUGGGUGGAGGUGGACGUCACCUCAUUUGUCCAGCCUCUCUUAAAGUUCCAGAAGAAGAACAUACACCUGCUCAUCAACGUCACCUGUCCAGAGGAACAAAGAGUCAGGGACGAUGGGAGUAAAGGCCCACUGGAGCUCAGCCUGAGGCCCCCUCGUCUGCUUCUUUAUCUCCAUGACGCAAGCAAAAUCAAGCAACAGAAGUCACUGGUCAAUGCGGAAGAGGGUGAAAAGCCAAGCACUGCAGCGAACGCGUUUCAUAAGCAGAUGGUUCUCAAACCAGAACAAAGGUUUGGGCGUAAAAGGAGAUGGAAGAGACAAUCUCUGGAGAGCAAACGAGGUGAUAAAACCCUGGAUAUGCAGCUGCCUGAGCUGCUCCCGAGCUCUGUAUUUCCAACUAGUUACUGUGCCUUGUAUGACUUCAGAGUGCGAUUCAGCCAACUUAAACUGGACAGCUGGAUUGUUUUUCCUCCAAAGUACAAUCCCAGAUACUGCAGAGGCAUCUGCCCGAGGGCCAUGGGUUUCAUCUACGGCUCACCGGUCCACACCAUGGUGCAAAACAUCAUCUAUGAGGAGCUUGACUCCUCUGUGCCCCGGCCCUCGUGUAUUCCCUCCCGCUACAGCCCACUGAGUGUCAUGAUGUUUGAGGAGGACGGAUCUUACGUCUACAAGGAGCUUGAAGACAUGAUUGCCACGAGGUGCACGUGUCGCUAAGCUGGCACACCACCAGAGAGGCCUUCCAACAGUCAGAUAUUCUGACCAGGCUGAGUGAUUUCAUGAAUUUAUACAGUUGUGCAUGAUCUGGAGCAGGUGUGUUUCCUUAAACAAAAAGUAUUUUACCCUAAUGAAAAAUGUGGAAACGUGACAAUUAUUUCCUUUUUGUCAAGGUGUGAGAAGAGAUUCUGCGGAUACAUCCUCUUGUUCAUCUUGCAGUUCGGCAUUGAUUCCGACAGACUUGAAAAAAAUGUGUGAUAUCUAAUUUUUUUUUAAGUUAUUUUUUGUUAACUUAUUUUGGGUGGAUGGUCUGUCAUUAUUCUUUAAUUUAUCACAGUUGCCAUGUUUUAAGUAGCCCUGUUGUGGAUAAAAGUUGAAAAUACAGUUACAAACCCUUAUUCAAACCUUUUACAUAUUGUUUUAUUCCUGGGGGUUACAGACAUCUGUCUUCAUAAUGUCCAGAAUGAAAGUUGUCAAGGUUUCAGUGUGUAUUUAUUACUUCUGGUCACUGAGUGACUGCAUACAUAUGAAUUGACUGCAUUCAUCUUACUUUGUACUGG